AAAAUGCAUUAUUAUAAAUGUAAUGCUUAACGCUUAUGCUUUCAGACUGAAAUAACUGCUUCAGUGCAAAAAAAAAAAAUCUUCUGUUAUUUUCAGUUAAUUGUGGUCAUCAAACUAUAGUGUAAUGAACUGAAAAGUUGCACCCUCUAUUUUAAGCAGCAAUCACAGCCUACUAGCUUGUUGAUCAAACUACAAUGUGACAAACUGAAAAAAUGCAAUUAUAAAUUUACGCUAUAGUCACAGCUUGUUAAUAGUGACGAAUGCCGGUUACAUUUUUUUUGAUAUGUAGAUAUAACAGGAUGGCAUGGGAUAACACUAGCUCCAUAUUUUAAGCUGUGGGACAAAACAUAUUGGAGCAAGCCAGUCAACGCUGUUGGCAACAAAGGCCUAUAUACCAUUAAGAAGGCAGAUGAUUUUGCCAAGUUAAAAAAUAUAAAGAAGAGUUAUAUGGACAUGCAGAAUAACAUAAAAUGUCUAAAUAUAGACAAACAGAUCUGCUUCUCCAAAUACACAUAUCUAUGUAAAUAAACAUGCACACUACCUCCACAAAUUGCCAGUGCUUGACUGUCAACACCUUAGAUGUCAAAUUGUGAUCAAAUAAAGAAUUACUGCAUUAACAUAUUUUAACUUCUUUUGUGCAAACACAAAAUGGCUAUGAACAGCGAGAUGUGAUAAGUUGCUUUCAUACACAAGCAUCCUGCACCCCCAAAGUUGUCACGUUCAAUUUACAGAACUGAGAUUUAAUUGUGAUGAAGAAUGAAAGAAGAUAUGGUCACAGUACUGCAUUUCAACUCAAUGACAGACAAAAUCAUUGCAACUUCACUCCAUGCAUAAAUAGGAGCUACACCAAUGAAAGUUUUACUGUGGUAACAUCAUCUGUUUUCAAAUACAGCCUGGACACACACAACACAAGGAAGCCACUCUACCCCAAUGAUGUCUGCUAGUGACGAAAUGUAAAACAAUCAUGGCCACAUUAAUAUUUUCAUCAUGCUGCUCUCAUACAGUAGUACUGACCCAAUGACAAGACAAUCAAUGACUGCUUACUUACUUGGUAAAUGAGUUCAUUGCUUUUAGCCAGGAAACCACAAUUAUUUGUCUAAAAAACUACAUCUUCAAGCUCUUCUAAAUUAUGAUUCUUAACCUGAAACUGUGUAUACACUUAUAUAUUUUAUUAAUGUCCAUUUGUCAAUUGAUGCCACUUUAUUUAUUUUGGAAAUCUCAGUAAUUCCUACUUCUAAAUCAUGUCAUCAAAGUAAGUGGCAUGAUGAUAUGGUUACAGGAGGUUCUACACUUGCACACAGCAAAUAUGCAAAAAAGUUAACGUUUGAUUUAUUUCUGUAAAAAACAAAUAUGCUUUUAACUGCUUUCUAUAUACUCCAUGAUUAGAAUGUAUUCUUUGUACAUGACAUUUGUUGUGUGGCUCAUUUAAUCAAUAAUCUAUGAUAAUGGUAUAUCAAGAUUUACCCAUGGUUGGUGUGGUUUGAUCAGGAAGAUGAAGGUGAGUAAGCAAAGCCAGCCAUGGGCAAAUCCUGAUAUACCAACAAACAGGAGUGGAUUACUGCUUUUAUGCUAUGACAUAAUUUAAGAAAGAAAUUAUUUACCUUUCUUAAAUAAUGUCUCGUAGAACAGCAUUUCAGUCUUCUUCCACUUUGUCUUUUGUGGGAUGCUGUACUGCGCAUGCAUGUGGGACUUGUGUCUCCACACUCGCAUAGUACAUCAGUGCAGGACAAGCAAUGGAGAAAAGUGAAUCACUGUUAUGUUUUUUAAUGUUUAAAAAAAAUCAGGAUUUUACAAGGGACAGAGAUGAAAUGCAAGGAAAAUCGUGUAUGCUUCUGUUUCUUUCAUUUUGCAGAACACACCUAAUUUUUCUUGCAUUUUGUUGCCCCCCCCAGCAAAUGCCAAAGGAAUGCUUGGCUGCUCAAUGACUCUUCAGCGGAUGGACUUUUUCUACUGGUAAAUGUUUAAUUUACAAUGGGCACUCUGGUCAGGCUGUCCAAUCAGUGUGCUCAAUUUUGAAAAGCAAUGAGAAAUCACUGUAUAAACAACAAUGUGUACAUUGCUUUGUACAUGAUUUAAGUUGCCGGCUUCUAUGAAUGCAGUGAAAACAUGUUCACAGAAAUAGUAGCUGUAAUGUUCUUAGGUAAUCCUUAGCAGACUCUGACGUUGACAAAUCACUGCUCUACAAUCUCAUUUCCUUUUUGGUUCAUAUAUUGAGAAAUAUUAAAAAAUUUAGGUAAGGAGACUAGACUAUAACUCUGCUCAAACAAAUCGUGAAUACUGCCAAAUUUACUUUUCAAAGCAGUGUCAAUAAUAAGCCCAACAUUUUCAUUUAAAAGUAUGCAAAGCAGAGUUAAAAAUUCAAACAAAGGAAGAAGUUCCAGAAAAUUAAGCUGAAGUCCGAGAGUUGCCAAUUUCAAAUGUAGAGUUCCUUUUGUGGUAUGAUCCUGUUUCCCACAUUUUCAUUUUAAUAAAUAAAUGCUUCUAAAACCUAUUUUCCUGUUCUGGUCCUUGAACCAAACACUAAUUUUCAAUAAACUGGGUAGCUGUAACUGCAAAUCAAUAUGUAAGACAGAGAAUAUAUAGCAAGGUUAUGCAACAAAAAUAUUUCAGAAUUAAUUUCAGGUUCUAUCGAAACUACCAUUAAACAGUAGCGGCUCUGCCCUUGUUAUAUUUGUACAUAAGUGGUUUGGACAGCUUUCCUGCAAGAAAAAAAAAAGAUUAAAAAAGAAACUGGUUUUUAUUCCAACAUUUUUUCUUGUUACAAAAAUGAUUGUAAAUUGAGCCCACUUCUGGAUAUGUCCAAUGUUAACAUUUUCACUAAGACAAAAUAUUCAAGAUGUUAACCAUUCAGGCUUUAUUUUCUUUGCUACUUCAAGGAGCUUGGAUGGUAAAUCUGGACUUGCCAUCAUCACAGUAUGAUAAGGAAGUCUUACAUGAAAUAAUGUGGACUUCUUAUAGAGAAUUCGUGCACUCAGUUCAUAUUCUUAAUGUAUUGCCUUAUUAUUGUUACCAGUGUUUACUAAAUGCCUUUUACAAGUUCUGGCUUGUCUCAGAAUUGAGGAGGUCCACAUAUACCCAUACCUGGAUGUUUGAUUACUACCAGUUCUGUUUUGGAUCUUUUCACAAGUAUCAGCAAAGGCAUUUCUCCUUCCAACAGCCUUGGUUUGAUGCUCAGACUAGAAAAGACAGAAUUAUCACCACCUCAGAUAUGGUGUUUUUCUAUGCCACUAUAAAUAAAAUUUCACAUAUAUUUUUUUCUCACUUGUAUAACACAAUCACGUGUUGCAGAUCUUAAAGACAGUUGUUCGAUACUGCUCUUCCCUUUUGUUAUUUUUAUGUCAUCAAAUGGAUUUCAUAACUUCAGAUUAAUCCAUGAAUCUCCAGCUUACGUUCUUUGUGUACAUCAGUCCUAGUUUGGGGAAUAAAUCUAUAAAAAUGAAAAAUACAGUGGAGCUGUUCCUUUGGACAACUUUAAAAGCACAUCAGUAUGAAGGGAUGUUGACCAUCUACUUAGAACCAAAGUCUUUUAAAUCCAGUUUCUGUCCUAAAAUCGGGUCCUUUCUGAGCUAACACAGAUAGCAACAGAUUGAUGUGGUAACUGAACAACCAAGGACAAGCUCACGCCUGUCCUAUGAAGAGGUUACCCUUACGUGUUCAGUCUUUUGGAGUGACGGUUUUAAGUUAUAUAUAGCUGCAGUCAUAAUGUAAAAGGCUACAAACUUCUCUCAGUAAAAAUAGUUCACUUUUUUUACUAAUGGAAUCUCAACAGUGUUGUUUUCUCAGUGCAAACUAAGGUGAGGACAGGGCAAUCAAAAAUAAACAUUUUAUAUUGCAUGAUCACCAUACCACUCGACCUCUUAGUGCAAAAAAUCUGGACAAAGCCGGACAAAAUGGGGGGAGGGUCAAAGUACCAAAAUAGGGGCAUAUGUUAAGCUACGGCAACCAUUUUUCCUUAGUGUAGUAAAUUAUUUGUCAGGGGUCAGACUAAGAAGCUCACUUCAUACUAAUGUACUCAUUAACUAAACCUUCUGCAUUUUGUAUGUAUGUGCGUAUGUGUACACACACACACACAUCGUUUCCAUGUGCGGCAUGUAGUUACCAUUGGCAACAGAUAUCUCUAUUGGUUCCAAUAUUUACAAAAAAAAAACUUUCCCUGAAGGUCUGGGAAGACGAGCUGCAGCAAGCACAUCUCAGUAAGCACUCUCAGAGAGGCUCCUCUCAAAACAGCCGAGCUCUAGCGGUUAUCUUACACAGCAGCUUUCAUCCGCAGCCUUCCUCAGCCCGGUGCUUGUAAUAUAAUGAAAAAGAAGAGGAUUACUGAAUCGUUUCUGUGGGCUGUGUGUACUGGUAUGACUGCCCAUAUAUAUAAAUCCAGUGUCCUGCAAGUAUUCACAAUAUUGGCAACGACGUUCUCUGAAAAUACAUCUUGCAGGCAGCCGUUCUCUAGUGCUUAUAUUAACUAAAAAGUGUUAUCAUUCUAACACUGAUCCCUGCAAUUACUUCAGCGAAUGAAAACUACAAAAGAACAACUUUCCCUAAAGAUCAGAAAACUGUGGGAGCAGGUACGUCUCCAUAAGCUGCAGAAGCCGGCUUCACUACGAUGUCGAUCUCCAGCGCUUACUGUUCUUGUUUUUCUCAUUCAGUACGUGAAAAAGAUGUGCGCUAUCGCCACCGCCCACAAAUACUUCUAGUGCCCACACAACCCCAAAUCCCUUAAGAUAGUGCGACUUUGCUCCAUUUCAGUUUUUGAGUACAGGCUGCUGUCACUGACCGUCAUCUUCUGUCCUAAUUAUGAAAAUAAUGAAUGCAGUUAUUAUAUAAGCAAAUGUAUUAUUAAAAUUAAUAAUAAUUAAAAAUAGGAAUAAGAGCGAGAAGCUUUUAAAACUAGAAAGAGCUACUGCUGCUAACUUGGAGUUUUCCUAAAAGAAGCCAAAGAGGUCUGGGACAUGGUUCAUAAAGAAAGAAAGAGAGAUGUGGGCAGGCACUGACCGUGAUGUCACAAAGUGGGUGGUAACGUUUACAUUUCGGUUCGAGGUAACUAACUUCCUUUAGAAGUCCUGUGAUGUCCCUUUAAUAAACGAAUCGGAAAUCCAUUAACCUGAUCAGACUGAAAGGAGCUGGUGUUGUACCUUUUUAUCUCAGUAUACUUUCCACCGUCUCAUCCCUUCCUGUUGGUACCUCCUUUAGACUUUCACACUGACAGAGGCAGAAGCGCGAGUCGCGCAGUAGAGGUUGUUGGUGUUUGGCGCCGGUGGAGGGAGUAAUUCCUGCAGCUUUACUUCCGGUCGGCAUUUUGUUCAGUGGAAGAGCAAGUGAGAAACAAGAAAACCAUACAGACGAACGGACUACAUUUUUAAUAAUUUCUGCAGAAUCUUGUAUUCCCACAGCCCAUGUAUUUAUUUGUCAGACGUCUUCAUGGUUUCGAUCUUCUCAAUGUUGUUAUAAUGGUGCUGGACCGAGUGACGGAGCAGCUUUCCCAGUAACCCUUUGCUUCUACAUGUUUGCUGCACUGAGACGGAAGAAGAGUGAACCCUCCCGACCUGGAUUAUUGUUGUUGUAUUAUUUUUCCAUGGCCACUCUGGAUAAACUGUGAGGAAGAGUUAUUAGCAAGACCGCACACGACUGAAGCCCCGAUUUGCUGAGUGUUUACGAGAUGGGAAGCAACAUCGGCUGGCACCAUUAACCUCUGCAGCCACUACUUCACAGCUUCAGAAUGAAUGGGGAUAUGCCUCAUGUUCCUAUCACCACUCUUGCUGGGAUUGCUAGCCUCACAGAUUUAUUGAAUCAACUUCCUCUUCCUUCUCCUCUGCCUGCAACGACCACUAAGAGCUUGCUUUUCAAUGGGAGGAUUGCUGAAGAGGUGAACUGCCUUUUGAACUGCAGAGAUGAAAGUUUAGUUUCACAACUGGCGCACAGCCUCAACCAGGUUUCCACAGACCACAUUGAAUUGAAGGACAACCUUGGUAGUGAUGACCCAGAAGGUGAUAUCCCCAAUCUACUGCAGUCUGUGCUGGCAAGGAAUCCUAAUGUUUUCAGGGAGAAAAACAUGCAGACCAGAUAUCCAGUUCAGGGAGGGAUGAUGUACAAAUUGUCUCAGAAUUCUGUACAUGGCAGUCCUGCAUCCUCCAACUAUCAGCAAACCACUCUGUCCCACAGCCCUUCCAGUCGUUUUGUGCCACCACAGAACAGCUCUAGUAACAGAUAUAUUGCACAACAGAAUAGCCCUAUACCUAGUCCAUAUGCACCACAGAGUCCAGCAGGAUAUAUGUCUUACCCUCCAAGCUAUAACCAGCACCAGCAAAUUCAGCAAGCAUCUGUGUCCAGUCCUAUGGUUCCUGGUAACAUAAGGAACAUGCACGACAGUAAAUUGUCGAAUCAGCUGUCUUCUAAUUCGUCAAACCACCAUCCGGAUGGUUCUCGACAUGGUUCAAAUGAGGAUUACUUGCAUAUUGUGCAUCGGCUAGGAAAUGAGGACGACUCCUCCAUGAGAAGUACGCCUUCCUUUUCCUUGAGAUCUCCACAGUCAGUGUGUUCACCAGCAGGAAGUGAUGGCACUCCUAAAGGGUCAAGACAGCCUUUAAUAUUACAGUCCCAGUCGCAGCCCCCUCCUUAUACAUCACCUAGAGAUGCUCCACCAGACAUACUUUUAGACUCACCUGACAGAAAGCAGAAAAAAAAUAAGAAGAUUAAAUUGAGCAAGGAUGAAAAAGACCAACCAGAAAAAGCUGCAAUGUACGACAUCAUUAGUUCUCCAUCUAAAGACUGUACGAAACUUACCUUACGACUUUCACGUGUGAGGUCAUCAGAUAUGGACCAACAUGGAGAUAUGCUUCCCGAUGUUGAAAAUACUACUGUGACUGAGGGAGAAGUUUCUUUCAGUAACAUGCAGUACUUAGGACAGACUGCCAAAAUUCCUGUUAUGCCACAGGAAAUGAACCGUUCAUUAAAUUCAUCUCAGUGUUUGCCACAGCAUGAGCAGACAGCAUUUCUUCAGGCACAUCAGGUACCUGUUUUACAGCAGAACACUUCAGUUGUUGCUACAAAACAGUCUCCAACAUCUGGACAACAAUCACAAUCUCAGCAGUCUGAAACAGUCACUUAUGAUGAAGUAGAAUUAGAUGCCUUGGCAGAAAUUGAACGAAUCGAACGAGAAUCUGCUAUUGAAAGAGAGAGAUUCUCCAAGGAAGUACAGGACAAGGAAAUAGAGUCCACUAUGCCGCUGUGUGAAAGAGUGAAAAUGGGCACUAGAAAACGAAGUUCAGUAAAAGAGAAGCCAAAAUAUGCAGAGAUCAGCUCUGAUGAUGACGAUGACGAUGAUGAUGAUGAAGACAGCGAUGAAGCUUUUGAACCUACUCGGAAAAAAUCUCGAAGAGAAAAAGAUGACGAUAAAGCCUGGGAGUAUGAAGAACGUGAUAGAAGAGGUGAUAGAAGCGGUCGCAAUGAAGGAAGAAGAAGCAGUCGUAGGGAUCGUAGCCCUGAAGAAUCUGAUAUGGAUGAUUCCCCCCCUCCUUCUCUUAGUGAUGUUGCUAGGAGAAUGAAGAAAAAAGAAAAACAGAAGAAAAGAAAAGCAUAUGAACCUAAACUUACACCUGAAGAAAUGAUGGAUUCUUCUACGUUUAAGAGGUUUACAUCUUCAGUUGAAGGAAUCUUGGAAAAUUUGGAAGACAUUGAUUUUUCAGCUUUUGGUGACGAUGAUGAGAUUCCACAGGAAAUGUUGCUGGGGAAGCACCAGCUGAAUGAGCUGGGCAGCGAGUCUGCAAAAAUCAAGGCCAUGGGCAUUAUGGAUAAGCUUUCAUCUGAAAAAUUGGUGAAAUUAUUAAAUAUUCUGGAAAAGAACAUACAGGAUGGUUCCAAACUUUCAACAAUGCUUAAUCAAAACAAUGAUGAAGAUGAAGAAAGACUAUGGCGGGAUCUCAUCAUGGAGAGAGUCACUAAAUCUGCCGAUGCCUCUCUUACAGCCAUCAAUAUCAUGACGUCCCCCAAUAUGCCAAAGGCCGUGUAUAUAGAAGAUGUCAUAGAAAGAAUGAUACAGUAUACUAAAUUCCACUUGCAGAAUACACUGUACCCACAGUAUGAUCCUGUCUACAGGGUGGAUCCUCAUGGUGGUGGUGUUGUGAGUUCAAAGGCAAAGCGAGCCAAAUGUUCAUCUCAUAAGCAGAGAGUUAUAGUAAUGCUUUACAACAAGGUGUGCGACAUUGUGAGCAAUUUGUCUGAGCUGUUAGAGAUUCAGCUCCUCACGGAUACUACAAUAUUGCAGAUAUCUUCAAUGGGAAUAACACCGUUUUUUGUAGAAAACGUUAGUGAGUUGCAGCUGUGUGCCAUCAGAUUAGUUACUGCAGUGUUUUCAAAAUAUGAAAAGCACAGACAGCUGAUCUUGGAAGAGAUAUUCACUUCACUUGCAAGACUUCCAACUACAAAAAGGGGUCUUAGAAAUUUCAGGUUAAAUAGCGAUAUGGAUGGAGAACCUGUGUACAUUCAGAUGGUGACUGCACUGGUAUUACAACUCAUUCAAUGUGUAGUGCAUCUGCAGACAGAAAAGGAGACUGAUACUCCAGAAGAGUCAAAGGAGUCCAACAAAAAGGUCGACUAUGAUGUAUUCAUUACAAAUUCUUAUGAAACAGCAAUGAGAACAGCACAAAACUUUCUCUCUGUUUUCCUUAAAAAGUGUGGCAGUAAACAGGGUGAAGAAGACUAUAGGCCACUGUUUGAGAACUUCGUGCAAGACCUUCUGUCCACUGUUAACAAACCUGAAUGGCCAGCUGCUGAACUUCUACUUAGUCUUCUGGGAAGGUUGCUGGUCCAUCAGUUCAGUAACAAAUCAACUGAGAUGGCUCUUAGAGUGGCAUCACUUGAUUACCUGGGUACAGUGGCAGCUCGAUUAAGGAAAGAUUCUGUAUCUAGUAAAAUGGAUCAGAAAUCAAUAGAUCGCAUUCUUAAACAGGCACCAGCAGGGAAUGAUGAAAUACAGCAGUUGCAGAAAACAUUGCUUGAUUAUCUUGAGGAAAAUGCAGAGACUGAUCCCUCUUUAUUGUUUUCUAGAAAGUUCUACAUAGCUCAGUGGUUUCGUGACACAACUUUAGAGACUGAGAAGGCAAUGAAGUCUCAAAAUCAAAAAGAGGAAGAUGCAGCUGAGAAAAAGCAUUAUGCGAAAGAGGUUGAAAUAACAGGAGAGAUCAUGCAGAAGGCAGAAAACCGUAAGAAAUUUCUUCGUACUAUUCUACAAGCUGCUCCAAGUCAGUUUAGCACAUUGAAAAUGAAUUCAGAUACAGUGGAUUAUGAUGACGGUUGCCUGAUUGUACGUUAUUUGGCCUCUAUGAGGCCGUUUGCCCAAAGCUUUGAUAUUUAUUUAACUCAGAUUCUGCGCGUUCUCGGAGAGAAUGCAAUUGCAGUUCGAACAAAAGCCAUGAAGUGUCUGUCUGAGGUUGUUGCUGUGGAUCCUAGCAUUCUAGGAAGGCUGGAUAUGCAGCGUGGUGUCCAUGGACGGCUAAUGGAUAAUUCCACCAGUGUACGGGAAGCAGCAGUGGAGUUACUUGGUCGGUUUGUCCUGUGUCGACCUGAGCUUGCAGAACAGUAUUAUGAGAUGCUGAUUGAAAGGAUAUUGGAUACAGGCAUCAGCGUGAGGAAGAGAGUGAUCAAGAUCCUUAGAGAUAUCUGUCUUGAGCAGCCUACAUUUCCGAAAAUCACAGAAAUGUGUGUGAAAAUGAUACGUAGAGUUAAUGAUGAAGAGGGGAUUAAGAAAUUAGUACAUGAAACAUUCCAGAAACUGUGGUUUACCCCUACCCCCAGCCAUGACAAAGAAGCAAUGACCAGGAAAAUUCUUAACAUCACAGAUGUUGUUGCAGCCUGCAGGGAUACAGGUUAUGACUGGUUUGAACAACUUCUAACAAAUUUACUGAAGACAGAAGAGGAGACAAGUUGCAAACCUGUUAAAAAAGCUUGCACUCAAAUUGUGGAUAAUCUGGUUGAGCACAUUCUUAAGUAUGAAGAAUCGUUAGCAGACUCUGACAAUAAGGGUAUCAACACCAAUUGUCUGGUAGCUUGUAUAACCACUUUAUACUUGUUCAGCAAAAUCAGACCUCAGCUGAUGGUGAAGCACGCAAUGACUAUGCAGCCAUACCUCACCACAAAAUGCAAUACUCAGAGUGAUUUCUUGGUUAUCUGCAAUGUGGCAAAGAUUCUAGAACUAGUAGUGCCUCUUAUGGAACAUCCCAGUGAGGCUUUUCUUGUCACUAUAGAAGAGGACCUCAUGAAGCUCAUCAUCAAGUAUGGUAUGACGGUUGUACAGCAUUGUGUUAGCUGCCUUGGAGCUGUGGUGAACAAAGUCACACACAACUACAAGUUUGUUUGGGCCUGUUUUAAUAGGUAUUAUGGUGCCCUUGCUAAAUUAAAAGCUCAACACCAAGAGGACCCAAACAGUCCCAUUGUUACUGCAAAUAAGCCUGCCCUUCUUAGAUCACUUUUUACUGUUGGAGCACUUUGUCGACACUUUGAUUUUGACCAAGAAGAAUUCAAAGGCAAUAGUAAGGUUGAUAUCAAAGAGAAGGUACUUGAACUGCUGCUUUAUUUUACAAAACAUUCAGAAGAGGAAGUACAGACAAAAGCAAUCAUUGGUUUAGGUUUCAUUUGUAUUCAACAUCCAAGUUUAAUGUUUGAGCAGGAGGUGAAGAACAUGUACAACAACAUACUGUUCGACAAAAAUGCCUCGGUAAAUCUCAAGAUUCUUGUGUUGAAGAACCUCCAGACAUAUCUGCAGGAAGAAGACACACGGAUGCAGGAAGCUGACAAAGAAUGGAAGAAAAUGGCAAAGAAAGAAGAUCUUAAAGAAAUGGGUGAUAUUUCCUCAGGGAUGAGCAGUUCCAUUAUGCAACUUUACCUCAAGCAAGUCCUGGAAGCGUUCUUCUACGCACAGUCAAGUGUUCGCCACUUUGCUUUAAAUGUCAUUGCACUGACAUUAAACCAAGGUCUAAUCCAUCCGGUGCAGUGUGUGCCAUACUUGAUUGCUAUGGGUACAGACCCAGAACCUUCUAUGAGGAACAAAGCUGAUCAGCAGCUAGUGGAGAUAGAUAAAAAAUAUACAGGAUUUAUACAUAUGAAAGCAGUGGCUGGUAUGAAGAUGUCUUACCAGGUACAACAGGCCAUUCGUGGCAACACUAAGGAGAUUGUUCGGGGCUUCAGACAAGAUGAGUCUCCUAUAGCCUUGUGUUCACAUCUUUUCACAAUGGUCCGAGGAAACCGUCAACACAGAAGAGCCUUCCUUACUUCUUUACUUAACCUCUUUGAUGACAGUGCAAAAACCGAGGUGAACAUGCUGUUGUAUGUAGCAGACAAUCUAGCUUAUUUUCCUUAUCAGACACAGGAAGAGCCCCUUUUCAUAAUGCAUCACAUAGACAUUACUUUAUCUGUUUCUGGUAACAACCUUUUGCAGUCUUUCAAGGAGUCCCUGGUAAAAGGAAACAAGAAAGAGAAGAAACCAUGUACUGAGGAAGAUAGUGACAAUGAAGCUGAAGUCCAUAAGCCUCGGCGGGGGCGGAAACGAGUCAACUCUGAGUACGAUUCUGAUGAUGAUGAUGAUGAUGAUGAUGUAGAGUCUGUGAUGAAGUUCUUACCAGCUGAUCCUGCCCCACUAGUAGAGUUUGCAAAUGCAUCUCAAGGAAUUUUAUUACUGCUCGUGCUAAAACAACAUUUAAAAAAUCUGUGUGGAUUUUCUGACAGUAAAAUACAGAAAUAUUCCCCAAAUGAAUCUGCUAAAAUUUAUGACAAGACUAUAAACAGGAAGAUGGGUAUACAUUUCACUCCAAAACAGACUCUGGAAUUCCUUCGUAGUGACAUGAGUAACAUUGAAUUUACAGAAGAUGUGCGGAGGAAUAUUGUGAGACAAUACUUGGAUUUCAAACUACUGAUGGAGCAUUUGGAUCCUGAUGAGGAAGAUGAAGAAGGGGAGGCAUCUGCCAGUACAAAUGCUCGUAAUAAAGCAAUUACCUCACUUCUUGGUGGAGGCAGUCCUAAAGAAAGCCCUAAAAAUAAUGCAGCUGAAACGGAGGAAGAAGAAAGUGAAGGAGAAGACAAAGGAGGAGGUGGCACACCAGGGCCCUCAAGAAGGUCAAAAAGACUUUCAGACUCUGCAGAAGUGUCAUCACAGGAUAACGAAACUGUGGAUGUUACGGACGUUAUUGCAAUUCGCUGCCCUAAGUAUAAGGACCGACCACAGAUUGCAAAGGUUGUGCAAAAAACGAACAAUGGCUUCAGUGUUCAGUGGAUGGCAGGCUCUUAUAGUGGCACCUGGGCUGAAGCUAAGCGUCGUGAUGGCCGUAAACUGGUGCCUUGGGUAGACACUAUUAAAGAAUCAGACAUUAUUUACAAGAAAAUUGUUCUAACGAGCGCUAAUAAGCUGACUACUAAAGUUGUUCAGACUUUACGAUCACUGUAUGCAGCCAAGGAUGGCACUUCCAGCUAAUGAAUAUGUACAUUUUAGCCAAAUUCAUUGGAAAUGCUUCAAGAAGAAAAAAAAAACUUGAAAAAUACAGCUUUCUGGCAAAAAUGGACUCUUGUAUGUUCUAUUAAGAGAGCAGAAAUGGAAUACGGGACACACACUCACAAAACCCAGUAAUAAAAAUGUUUAAAAAACAUUUUUGUGGGAGCUUUCUUCGCUGUUGUGCAGCCAAAACUACUCAGUUCAUUUUUACUCCCACUGUAUUAUAGUUUAACAAAAAUUGUUUAUAUCUUGAAAAUUUUUUUCUGUUAAAAAUAAGUGAAUGUUGGAAAUUAGUCUGUUAAUGUUCUUAAUAAAGUGUUCUUGGAGUUUAACCUAGAGGCGGAUGGCUUUCUUUAGCUUAGCCCAGUUUCCAGGAGAACAUUGUUUUCCAGGCUGUAAAAUGCAGAAUCUCCAGAUAUAUAAUUUAUUAUUGUUAAAAAAAAGCAUGCAGUAUCUGUGGCCUUUCUGCAGGAGGAUUUUUUUUGUAAAUGUAGAUUUUGAUGUAUUAGGUCACCCUUAAUAAUACAAGAAAAGGGAUCCCCAGCAACACUGGCGGAACAAAUACUGCAAUAAAUUUUUUACUUCUCUUUGUUA